AUUUAUAUUUUUUAAUUGUGUUAGUGAUAUUUAAUCCCGUAUUUUACAAUUUUUUAUGCGCGUUGAAAAUAUUUGUCGACGCAAUAUAAAGUUUUCUUGCGAGUGCUUUUGGGUUGUUACUAGCUAACCCCAAAAAGGCUUACAUCUACAUAGAGAAAUUCCCUUUUUUCCGUAGCAAAGAAAAUUAAGGGGAGAAAAAAGUGUGAGAGUGUGCAAAUCUUUGAAUUCAUCAAAACUUUCGUGGCCUUGAAAGUGGGUAUAAAACUAUAAAUUGUUGAAUCAAAGACCACCCUUUUUUUCUCCUGUAUUCUCAUUUUCAAAUAAAACACACUCAGAACUUUCUGUGUCAAAAUUUUCCAGUGGAAAUAAGAAAAAGGACUUCAAAAAAGAGCCCCUUUGUGCACGUAUACGUAUUUGAAGGCAAAAGUGCACUUUCAAACUUUCACAGUAUCCAAGGGGUCUUCCAUUUCUGGUGAGGGGCCUCAAGAGUUUUUAAUGGGAUUAUCACUUUCAAUACUUUUCUCCGCCUGGCAAGAAAUCGUGAACAAAACUCGACCAAUUAUAUCCGAACAACCGGCACAAAUGACGGUGGCUAAUAAAGAAGUCAAGGAGAUGAGUCGAAAAAACUCGAUUAAAUUGCCUAAAUGUGAGCCCGUCAGGUUGGUGCUCGGGACCUCGCUCUCGUUCAAGGACUUAAGCUUGAGCGCGAAAUCACAAUCUAAUGACAAAAGUGAUUGCGGUAAGCUAACUCUGCCUGAGCCAGCCAUAAUGUUCUCACCAAGGCCCGUAACCGAGCUUGAUGCGGCAGCUGUUAAGCUCCAAAAGGUUUAUAAGAGCUAUCGAACGAGAAGGAAUCUCGCGGAUUGUGCUGUUGUUGUGGAGGAGCUAUGGUGGAAGGCAUUGGACUUUGCUGCUUUGAAAAGGAGCUCGGUCUCGUUUUUCAAUGUUGAGAAACGAGAAUCUGCUGUUUCGAGGUGGGCCAGAGCUCGGACUAGAGCAGCAAAGAUUGAUCCGCGCCAUAGAUACGGCCACAAUUUGCAUCUGUAUUACGACGUAUGGUUCAAUAGCGAAAGUUCUCAGCCUUUCUUUUACUGGUUGGACGUUGGAGAUGGAAAAGAAGUAAAUCUCGAGAGGUGCCCGAGAACUAAUUUGCAACGGCAAUGCAUCAAGUACCUCGGUCCAAAGGAGAGAGAGUCAUUUGAGGUUGUGGUUGAAAAUGGGAAGCUCGUUUACAAAGAAAGCGGUAUGUUAGUGGAAACAAUCGAGGGCUCGAAAUGGAUAUUCGUUCUGAGCACGACAAGAACUCUUUACGUGGGUCAGAAGAAGAAAGGCCUCUUCCAGCACUCGAGUUUCUUAGCCGGAGGCGCAAUCACGGCCGCAGGCCGCUUGGUCGCUCAUGCUGGUGUUCUCGAGGCAAUCUGGCCAUACAGCGGUCACUAUCUCCCAACCGAAGAGAACUUCAAGGAAUUCAUAAGCUUCCUCGAGGAACACCUUGUCGACCUCGCAAACGUAAAGAGAUGCGCGACCGAUGAUGACCGUCCUCCAAUCGGUAAAGACUCGUACGAGGAUCAAACCGUAAAUUACAACCACGAAGAGAGCAAUAAUAAUAAGCCGGUUUUCAACUUGGCGAAGCGAAUGUCGUGCAAAUGGAGCACGGGAGCUGGGCCGAGGAUCGGUUGUGUCCGGGAGUACCCUGCCGAGCUGCAAUUCCGGGCACUCGAGCAGGUCAACCUUUCGCCUCGGCUGGUGAACGGGUCACCACCCAAAUAUGGCCCAAUCCCAUCACCUAGGCCCAGCCCAAAGGUACGGCUGUCUCCUAGAGUUGCAUAUAUGGGACUGCCGAGCCCGAGGACAGCUAUACCGGCGGCUAACUGAGGAUUUAUUUAUCAAUGCAAAUUAAGAGGGAAAACGCAGCUCAGUACUUGUGUUGUGAUGGGAGGAACUAACUCUUGAGAAAUAUAUCUUUCUUCUUUUAUUCAGUUAUUAUGUGAAAAGGCUUAUUUGCAUGCCACACUCUUUUUGCUCUGUUUUGGGCUUUACCUCUUGUAACAGUUGGAAGUUAGGUUAAUUAUUUGUACGAUUUUAUGUUGUUACUUUGUUUUUUGGAGGGGGGUGUAGAAUUUCACUUUUGUUCCAACUUCCAUGCUAUUAAUUAAUCCAGAAAUAAAGCAUUUCAUUUCUG